CCAGAAAUUGACAUCUUUAGACAUUGCCAACAACUUUGAACACCUGCAGUCAUGUACAAGUUUGCCGUCUUAGCUUUUGCACUCUGCGUGGCCAUUGUGUACAGCCAGACAUCUUGUAGCACCGAUCAGGACUGUCACCCCUCGCCGUGCCACGACGCACACGUCGCCUCGUGCAACAGCGACACCAAACAGUGUGAAUGCGACGGCGGCAACAACCACCAAGACAACCACAACAACAACGACCACCACAACAAUCACAACAACCAUAACAAUCACGAACCCGCCGUAGGCAAGAGAGCGACCUCGUGCAGCGCUGACCACGACUGUCACCCACCUGUAUGUGGUAACAGCCAUCAUGGAGUCUGUCAGAACGGACAGUGUGAUUGUGACGCUGCUCACGGUCACCAACAGUCUCACUUUCAUAUUCGUGCCCACAGCGCCAACUGUACCUCUGACGACGAGUGUGUGACCCUCUGUGGCAAGGACCACGCCAAAUGUCACCAUGACAACAUGUGCCAUUGUGACAUACAUUAAAGCUUCACCCAGACUUCGGCUUGACAAGGAAGUGACUGGCCUGUGCUUGAGCAUGCUUGCACAAUAGCAAAAUAUAUUGACAAACAUACAGACAGACAAAUACACACAAACACACACACUGACAUUUAGCAGUACCAACACACACACACACACACACACACACACACACACACACACACACACACACACACACACACACACACACACACACACACACACACACACACACACACCUUUUGUCAAACGGAAAAAACAUUCACUCGUAUACAUGAAUGCACGCCCCCACACGAAUGCCUUAUAUACUCAGAGAUAUAAAUAAAAACAAUUACAAGUGC